AUGGAUUUUGCUCGUAAGCAAUUGGAAAAGUAUGGCUGGUCGGAAGGUAAAGGAUUGGGCAGAAAUGAAGAUGGAAUAUCAACAGCAAUUAAACCCAAACUUAAAUUUGACAAUUCAGGAGUUGGGCAUAAUGUUGGAGAACAAUUCACAAAUAAUUGGUGGGAAAAAUUGUUCAACAAUGCAGCUGAUAAUGUCAAUGUACAAGUGGAUGACAAUAAUGACAUAAAAAUGAAUGUAAAAUGUAAAGAUGCUGUAGAAAUUACUACUAAAAACUAUUCAGUAAAAGCCUUUAAAAAGAAUACUAACUUAGAAUAUGGUUCCUUUCUCAAAACUGCCACAAUGACUGGAAAUGAUGUAAAAAUGCAUGAUGUUCCAAAUUUACCAGAAAUCAAAAGUAAUUUUCAAUCACUGACUGAUGAAGAGUUGUUUGCUGCUUGUGGAGGCAGGACUGCUCACAAAGGUGCUCGUCAUGGCCUUAAAUUAGGGGGAAAAUUAUCUAGAAUACAAAAACAAGAAAAAUUAUUACUUAAAAAAAUGAGAAAAGUUUCUAUCUCAGACAACGAAUCAGAAAAGACUUCAACAGAAAAGAAAUUAAAAAAAUUAAAGAAACAAAAAGAAGAAGCUAGAGAAAAAUAUAUCCCGAUAAUGGAGGAUAGUAUGGAAAGCACAUCCUCGAACGGACUGAAAAAGAAGAAAAAACGCAAAAGUGUGUCUUUUAGUGAGACUGUUAUUGUAACUCCAAUUUAUACUGUAGAUCUUGAUACUAGUUUUGAAAGUGAACAUGGUUCAGUUAGAGGCGAUAACAUCGAACCACAUUUAGAGGCAAUUGCCAGCGGAUCAGAUGAGGGUAUUGAACAAGACAUUGAAAAUAAUAACAAUAACAAUAAUAAUGACUAUUCGGACAACCACAGAAGUUUUGAAGUUGGGCAAUUUAACAUAAAUGAUCUCUCAAAAGCAGAACGAAAAAAACUGAAGAAGAAAAGAAAAUUAGAAGCCAAAAAGAAUACUCCCACUGUCAUAUUUCUACAACAACUGAAUAUAGAUCCACGUGAUGACGAGGACACAGUUGACUUUGAAGAAGAUAAAGACAUAAAUCUGAAAAAAAGGAAGUACUUAGAUGAUGCUGGCUCAUCAAAGAUGGAGUGCCACAGUAAGAACAGGAAAAAGAAGGACAAACAGAAGAGAAAGAAAAGGAAGGCCGAUGAAAAGCUCAACACUCUUGUUAAAUCGUUAGACACUGUGUGUCGCAUAUCAGAAAGUGAGUAAUGCGCAGCUCUUUUUAUGUUGGGCCAUUUUGACAAGUUUUUUUAGAUUAACAUGUUGGAAAUUUUCGAUGACUAGUUAAAUUUCUUUUUUAAGUUCUAUCUCUAUUUGUACAAUAACUAAAUGUACACAUAUAAAGAGUUGUGAUUACUAUAAUUGUAUAGAGUGAGACUAACUUGCAGAAUAUUUCAGUUAUUUGGAAACGGGUGCGGUAUCACCACAUUGUCUUAUUGUUUUGAAGCAUAAACCUUAAAUUGAUGCAUUUCUAGGUCAAUGGACUUAGGUAUCUGUUCUUAGUUUUUGUGUUUCACUGAAAAUCAUAAAAAAUGACGAACAGGUAAUAAUUUGAAUCAGAUGAUAUGGCAAGUAAUACAUUAUUUGAAUGCUCAUUUCAGAUCUUUUUCUAUGAUACCUAUACAGUUAUGAAAGCUUUCAAAUAUUAAUUUACUGUAUUACAGUAUUAUUAUGCUAUUAGCUAUGAUGGUAGCCAACGUUCUGAAAGGACAUGGUACAUGAAGAAGUAUUAUUAUUAAAUAAAUAAUUGCUUUAACAUAUUUUCCGUACCUUAAAAAUUAUGUUAAUACAUUUUUGCGUCACUAGGAACUAGUGUACUCUGUCAUCAUUUCGGAGAGAUUUAAUGGCUUAAUCGUUAAUGUUGCAGACAGUCACAUCAUAAAUCAUACAGCAAAGGUUCUAUAGACUAUUCGAAGAAAAAAUCAGCCAUACACAGAUUGGUUUUCAGAAUUCAGCGGGUACGAGAGAGGCUCUCUUUAGCAUGCAACUGCUAUUUUAACGAUGUAGAUAUAUUGUGUAGAGUACCACAAAGCGUUCGAAACAAUAAAACACAACAAGCUGAUGGAGAUACUAACAAAUAUUGGAAUAAACACCUGUGGUCUAAGAAUUAUUAGCAAAAUUUAGUGGAUCAAACAUCGUUUAUCUGUACAGAGGCAGGAGAAUCCGAUUAUAUCAAAAUCAAACGUGGGAUCCAACAGGGAUGUAUACUAUCACCCUUGCUGUUUAUCAUAUACUCAGAGGAAAUCUUUCAAGAAGCAGUGGAGGAUGUUGAAGCUGGAUUAACAGAGAAUAUAUCAAUAACAUCAAAUCACAGAAGUGAAUCAGAGAUAUGGACUCUCACUGAACAUUAAGAAAACAAAAUGGAUGAUGAUCUCUAAGAAAGAACAGCAAAUUAAAAGAAUCAGUGUAAAUUGUUAACCAAUAGUGUAACGAAAUAUUUUGCCUACCACAUAGGGUAUUACUAUGGGGGUUGAAAUUUUGGGACAGAAAUUAUUGGGAGUGGGGAUAGGGCAAGGAAAAUAAAUGAUACUUAUGCUAACGGCACUCGGGGUUUAUUUGGAGAGCUGGGAUUGUGGAUAAGUGAAAGAAGCAAUGGGGUUAUAUAGGGGCACUACAAAAAAGGAACAAAAAGAAUUACUUACAUGAGUCUUCUGGACAAAUGGACAAAACACAACAAGAAGGAUCUCUAGCAUGCCGGCCGGGGCCACCAGUUUUUGCAUCUCACGCUCUUCACCGCUUCGUGUAAUCAAACGAUCCAAAAUUCUUGUUUUAAACAUAUCGCAAAACGACCUUGAAUCACUUUCAGCUUUUAAAAUAGAAGUUAACACGUACAAAAGAAUAAAACCAUAUUUUACCGAAUACCUCUUCCACAAAGGACUUAAACGUGCUUGAAAUUGACUUAUUACUUGCCAUAUAAUCUGAUUUAAAAUUAUCCUACAAAAUGGCACUUAUCAGCUAUUUUUUAGACUAUAUCUAUUGAAUAUUUAGCAACAACGCUAAAAUUUUAGUAGAGAAACUAUUUCGUCCUUCGACACAAACCAAAGUUCUUAAAUACUGUAUAACACGUUUCUUAAAUAAUGGAAACUAAUAUUUGGGCAAUUAGCCUUACACUGGAUUAAAUUUAUGUUUACUUUUAAUUAUAAUUUAAUAUAUAUUUAAAUAUUAGAAUUUUUCGUAUGUUUUUUACUUUUAGGUUUCUGUCAAAUCAGAGUGUGUUUGGUCAUAAGCUUGAGUACUCGUAUAUUACUAUAUAGUUUGCAAAAGAUAAGAAGCUACUUUUGUAUUCAUUUCUUGUUUAUUUUGAUUUCCGUCUUUUCAUUCGUGUUUUUACCUAUCUCGUAAUGAAAUGUGUUUAAAAAUAGACUUUAAAAGCAGCAUAUAUGCGAGAAUUUUAGAACUACAACUUCUUCCACAACAUGAGAACUGUUUAGUACCGUUCUUCUACAAGGAGAACUCUUCUCGUGGUUAAUCAUGUAAGUAUAUUUUUAAGUAUUAUUGAAGAGUGUAAUAAAAUGACCAAAAUAUGACCACCUACACUAUAAAUUUUAGUUUUGGAAAUUAAACCUUAUCUUUAUAGUAUAAUGUGACACUCCAUUAUGGUAAAUUAUAUCAGUGUAUAGUGUUUUUCUUUUAAAUAAAUUUUGUUAUAGUGGAUAACCUGUUCAGAUUUACAGUAUUGUGCGAAUUAAUGCAAACAAACAGAAAUAAUUUGUAAAUAUGGUUUAUUUAGGCCAAAGGAAAAUUUAGGUACAUUUACAUGAGAUUUUUUCAUUAGAUAGUAUUUAAUAUGUCCCCCUUUUACUUUUAUGACUUCCUGGAGUCUUCUAGGCAUGGAAUUCACAAGUUUUUUUGCAAUUGUUUGUGAUUGCUUCAUCUCGACCACACCUUUAUCACUGCUUCCAUCAUUUUGGUUUUUGUAGUACAGUCAAAUUUUUGCAGUUUAGUCUUACAUAUUGCCCACAAAUUUUCAAUAGGUUUAAGGUCAGGUGAAUUUCCAGGCCAAUCAAGAAGGGUAAUAUUAUUAUCCUUGAAGUAUUUGACCUUCGAUACAUGGCACGGAGCUGAACCUUGGUGAAAAAUUGCAGUCCCUUCGGCCUGUACUUUGUCAAGCUCUAUAGCUAAGCGUUGCCCUAGCAUGGCUUUGUACUUUUCACUGUUCAUCAUACCUUCAAUAGGAAUAAGAGAGCCAGUUUCUGAGUAUGAAAAACAGUCCAACUUUUUUUACGCUAUCUUUCAAAAUUGUUGUAAACGACACAAAGUUCCUAGAUACUUAUAUGGAAACAGUGAUUACUCUUUUAAAACUCACACAUUACAUAGAGUAUAAUUCACAAUUCUCAACAAAUUUUGCCGGCUUUUUCCGACUAAAUUAAACACGUCUGCUCAUUAUCGCCAACAUUUCCAACCUAAAACUUGAAUUCAUUCGACCUUCGAUCGGUCUCUAUAACUGCUUCUUGUGUCACACUUUUCCCCUCUACCCGUUCUCGCAACCAAACAAACCAAAAUUCUUGUUAAACCGCUUCAAACGAUAUCGAAAAACGACCUUUAAUCAAACAACUUUUAAAAUUGUAGAACUAAAACGUAAUUGGGGAAAUAUUUAAACUUGGCCCAGGGGUGUACUAGAUAAUGUUUAUACUCUGAAUAGUAGAUAGUUUAAAGAAUUUUCUGCAUGCUACAAAAUGGCGCAAAAAAUAUUUAGAAACACAGUAAAAACGCUGUCAAAACAAAACUUACAAUUGCCUGUUUUUGUUCGAUGUAUGCUGAUGUUUAUGGGCAGGCGGCUUAAGUUCAUCGAUUUAGUUUCUGUGAGUUGGUAUUUAACAUGAUUUAAUUACACUCUUCAGUUUUCUUGUAACUGCCAAUUGUUAAUCGAAAAUAUCUAGAUACUAAUAAUAUUACCUCAUAUGUUUUUUUUAUAUAGAAAUGGCCCAUUUGUAAUAAUAAGUUCUUAAUGUUUUUCAUGAUUGAAGCAAACAGUGAGUGAUUGAGAUUUUGUUCUGAAAAUGAUAUUAAAAUAGGAAGAAAUAUAUAAAUGCUUUAUAAUUAUACACUUUACCUAAUUAAUUUUUAGCCUUCACAACAGUUGUAUACCACUUUUUUUCGCUAAACAUUAAAGUACUUUUACUAUUGCCUACUGUCUAAAAAAAGAGCAAAGUAUUGUUUGUGCUUUUUAAUGCCAAGCUGUUUCGCUGAUCAAGAUGACUUCAUUUUUACUACUAAUACAAAUUGACUUAUUCUCGAUGUGACCCUAUUUGAUUUGACAGCUAUUAGUCUUAUUGCAGUUGGUAAAAUGGACAGUUAAUAAAAUAUUUCGAUCAUUCAUUUAAACUUCAAUUCCAUGAAAAAUACUAUACGUUUGCAAUAUAAAAUAUAGUUAUUUUUUAUAUUCUUGUUUAUUUAAAAACAUUUGUUUAUUGUGUAAAUUCAAUAAAAAUAUGUUCUGAC